AUUCCCGAGGUGCUCUGCGCUCAGGCGGCCUGCGGUCAUCUGCGCGUACAGCCCCCUGGGACUAGUAGUUUCGGCCUCGUGGAUGCGGGCCGGAACCCAAUGGCCAAGAACUCGCCUUCCCGGCCACCCAUUUAGCAGGGCGGGGCGCCCCGACCCGUUUGGCAGGGCGGGGCGCCUCGCGAAGAUGGUGUCGCGUGUGGCGUGUGGGUCCCGUCGUCUGCCCAAGUCCCAGCUUAGCCCACCGACCGGCGUCUUGCCGGUCUGGAAUCCUUGUCCGCCGGGUCCCUGACCCCGCGCCCGCCGCGCGCCCGCGCUCCUGAUUCCCGGCAUGCCCCGCGCCCGUAAGGGCAGCGCGCCCCGCAAGGGCGGCCAGCGCCGCGGAGCGGGUGCCCGGAGCAGUACCCAAGCUGACUCAGGUUCGAGUGAGGAUGAGGCCGUCAGUGAGGCCCGCAGUACCACCAGUGAAUGCCCCAGCCUUCUUAGCACUGCAGCAGAGGACAGCCUUGGGGGGGAUGCCGUGGAUGAGCAGGGCCAGCAGGAAGACCUUGAGGAGAAGUUGAAGGAGUAUGUGGACUGCCUCACAGAUAAGAGUGCCAAGACCCGGCAGGGUGCUCUUGAGAGCCUUCGCCUGGCCCUGGCAUCCCGCCUUCUCCCCGACUUCUUGCUGGAGCGCCGCCUCACCCUGGCCGAUGCCUUGGAAAAGUGCCUCAAGAAAGGGAAGGGCGAGGAACAGGCGCUGGCCGCUGCCGUGCUAGGCCUGCUGUGUGUGCAGCUGGGCCCUGGACCCAAGGGCGAGGAGCUCUUUCGCAGCCUGCAGCCCCUCCUGGUGUCUGUGCUCAGUGAUGGCACAGCUAGCCCUGCUGCCCGGCUCCACUGCGCUUCUGCUCUUGGCUUGGGGUGCUACGUGGCUGCUGCUGAUGUCCAGGACCUGGUGUCUUGCCUCAACUGCUUGGAAAGCGUUUUCAGCCGGUCCUGUGUUGUGGGUGGCUCCACAGCCUCCGUGGUCCCUGCCAGCCUGCAUGGCCUGCUCUGCGCUGCCCUGCAGGCCUGGGCAUUGCUCCUCACCGUCUGCCCCAGCACCCACGUCAGCCACAUCCUGGACAGGCAGCUGGCCCGGCUGCCCCAGCUCUUGUCCAGCGAAAGCGUGAACCUGCGAAUCGCUGCCGGCGAGACCAUCGCACUGCUCUUUGAGCUUGCCCGGGACCUUGAGGACUUCCUGUACGAGGACAUGGAGGCCCUGUGCAGCGCCCUGCGGACCCUGGCCACCGACAGCAACAAGUACCGUGCCAAGGCUGACCGCCGGCGUCAGCGCUCUACCUUCCGCGCCGUGCUGCACUUCGUGGAGGGCGGUGAGUGUGAGGAAGAGUCCGUCCGCUUUGGCCUCGAGGUGCUGUAUGUGGACAGCUGGGCCCGGCGCCGCGUCUAUGCCGCCUUCAAGGACGUGCUGGGAUCGGGCAUGCACCACCACCUCCAGAACAACGAGCUACUCCGUGACAUCUUUGGCCUGGGCCCCGUGCUGGUGCUGGAUGCCACUGCCCUGAAGGCCUGCAAGAUCUCACGUUUUGAGAAGCACUUGUACAACGCUGCUGCCUUCAGAGCGCGGACCAAGGCACGCAGCCGCGUGCGGGACAAGCGGGCAGACGUCCUCUGAGGCGGGGCCGGCCGAAGAGGAGACCGUGCACACCCGCGCCUGUGUUUUUAACAGAAGACACUGCAACAACUGGUCCCUGCCAGGAAUUGUCGCUUUAUUUUUUUAAUGACAAAACCAAAAACAGACAUGGCGGCGAGGGGGGGGGGUUGGUGGUGUCCAGGGCACUCGGGGUCCUGGCCCCCUGCCCCCGCACACAGCGCUGUGGCCUCUCCCUGCCCUGUCCCGGGCCCGGUCAGAUGUGUGCUUGUCCCAGAGCUGGGGGGCACACAGUAGGAGGGCUGUCCUUUUCUCUCCUUUCUCGGGCCCUGCUCCUCUGGGAUGACCCACUUCCUUGAGGGGAACGGCAUCUGCACAAAUGGCACCAGAACAGGUGGGGACACGAGGCUGCCGGGAUGGAUCUAUAUGCUGAUUUUUAAAGAUUAUUAGAGAUAAUUAAACCGAAUGCUCAGCCUUCUGUGGCUCUUA